CAAACUCAUUUGUGCAGUGAUUUGUUUGGUGUUGAGAAGUAAACAUGUGGUUUAUUGGGUGGAAAGGGGCAUCAGGGUUCUCAGCCUCUUCUACAGCCGAACAAGUCACUCAAGGGAUCGAUGGAACCGUUCUCACCGCCAUCGUCACAGGAGCAUCAAGUGGUCUUGGUCUGGAGACCACCCGGGUUCUUGCUUUGCGUGGUGUCCAUGUUGUUAUGGCUGUAAGGAAUGUGGACAGUGGUAAGAAUGUCAAAGAAACAAUACUUAAGGAAACUCCCUCAGCUAAAAUUGAUGUUAUGGAGUUAGAUCUGAGCUCUAUGGCAUCCGUAAGGAAAUUUGCAGCAGAUUUUAAUUCAUCUGGUCUUCCACUCAACAUCCUAAUUAACAAUGCAGGGGUGAUGGCAACUCCAUUCAUGCUUUCCCAAGACAAUAUUGAAUUGCAGUUCGCGACCAAUCAUUUAGGACACUUUCUCUUGACAAACCUUUUAUUAGAAACUAUGAAAAAAACAGUUCGAGAAUGCAACCAUGAAGGAAGGAUAGUUAUUCUAUCAUCAGAGGCACACAGAUUUGCAUAUCGUGAAGGGAUUCGAUUUGAUAUGAUCAAUGAUGAAUCAGGGUACAGCAGUUAUUUUGCUUAUGGACAAUCAAAGCUUGCAAAUAUCUUGCAUGCAAAUGAGCUUGCAAGGCGCUUGAAGGAAGAAGGAGUGGAAAUAACUGUCAACUCCCUUCAUCCUGGAUCAAUUAUUACAAAUAUUCUGCGACACCAUGGUUAUGUCAAUGCCGUUGCUAAUAUGGUGGGCAAGUACUUCCUUAAAAAUGUGCAACAGGGAGCUGCAACUCAAUGUUACGUAGCAUUGCAUCCACAAGUCAAGGGAAUAUCUGGUGAAUACUUUAUGGAUAGCAAUAAGGCAGACCCAACCUCUCUGGCUAAAGAUUCAGAGCUGGCAAAAAAACUAUGGGAGUUCAGCUUAAGCCUGACUAAUCCAAAGUAGCUUAGAGAGGUUUGUUUGACUGGACUAAAUUAGAGCAAGCUUCAUACAUGGCAACAUUAUUGCAUUGAAAAAGAAGUUUCAGAGAAUUAGAAAUUUAGUGGUGUAAACUUUCAUCUUGAAGGUUUUUAGUAAUUAUAGCUCAGACUACCAUGGCUGUUGAAAAUCAAGCAGUAUAUAAUUAAUUUCGAACUUGACACUUCGCAGUACUCCCUUGCAUUCAUAUCCAAUUCAUGAUUUUUUUUUUCCUUUUUGAAGAAAUCAUUACUUGGAAGUAUAUGCACUUGGGAAGUUGGGAUUUCGGAAAUUGUUUUUAUGUUAUCGCUGCAUUGUAUAUAGUAUUAUUACUA